CGAUAUUAUCAUACUAAUGUUUUGAGUAAUUCGAAGCGCAAACACACAAAAAAAGAGUAUUGUGAUUUGGAAUGUGAAAUUUGAAUACCUUAUUGAAAGUAACGACGAUUGCUAAUAUCUGCAUGUGCAACUUUGGUGGCGCUACUCUCCAGAGAUGUCGUACAUGUCGCCUGACGUUGGCGUGUAUGUUGUGCCUCAAUGAACCAGGUUGCUGGGUGUUUAAGAAAGUUCUGUAAUCUGUAGAUGUAAACGUGGGUUUACAUUCGAAGCUAUUAAUCAAAAUUGCUGAUGGUGAGUUCAACAUGUGGGGAGACAGUGGAAAUAACUGGAAGAAAAUAGUGUUUAAGGAUUGUAGUUUAAACUCGUGGUCCACCUCAGGAGUGAGGAAAUGUGAACCUUAUCAGGAGGAAAAAUUGUCAUUCCUCUAUUUCUGAAUCUGUGAUAUCAAGCUCAAGUUACUCUGGUGUUCAGAGUAUAUCAUCAAACUCUACUUCUGGAAAGCAAAACUUUCCUAAUUGCAAUGCUCAUCUUGGAAUGAAACCUUAUACUAAAGCUUUUCUGCCAGCCAUUCAUUGUUCCAGCUCUUCCACAAUGGCCGAUACAAGCAUCUUUGGCAGUGGCAACAGUACUCAGAAUGCACAAUCUGUCAAACACAAUGAAAGAGAACAGAAUAACACAUCUCUAGUAGCUGGUGCAGCUAAAGGUGAUAGCAUUGGACCUCAUGAAAAGAGUCCUAACCCCACAAGGGCCAAAUCCUCAGAAAAUUUAUCAAAUUAUUAUACAGUAAGUUAUCCUUGCCAAUUAAAGAAAGAAACCCCACAAUAUGAUAUGCAACUAAAUCUGCACAGAAAGGACAAUGCAGAUGCUUCUAAUCGCUCAUUAAAUUUUACAAAAAGUUUUCAGUUGCUGGAGGAAUCUUCAUCUGAACUUAACUUAGAUCUCCUCAGGAAUCUUAGUCAUUCUGCUAUUUCAGAUUGUUCUGAAAGGAUAGAACUAAAUCAACUCAAGUCCACUAAUGAUGUUGCUAACAAUCUUGUUUCAACAUCUAAACAUUCUAUAGAAUCUUCAAGCUUUUCUAUGUGUCAUCAGGAAGAGAGUAGUGUUUCUAGUUCAAGUAACAAAUGGCACAUUCCAGGCGAUGCCAAUCAAAAAACAUAAAUUCCCCAACAACUUGGAACAGUCAUUUGCAAAUGAAUUAUAGAAAAAAAGAAGACAGCUUUUAUGAUUUUGAAAAGUUAGAAAAGAGAUCAUAUUCUUUCCAGUCAGAAAAUGACAACGAAAUGUGUGAUGAAAGUUUUGAAGUUCUUGUUGGUGCAGUUGGAGGAUCUAAUUUACUAGUAAAUGAUACAACACCUGAGACAAAAAAGAGGUCUAGAUGUGAAUGUCUUCCUCCAAGACUUGGCUUGUUAGGUGGAGGAGAAAGCUCUUUGAACAAUGGUACUUCAACAUGGGGAGCUCCACCUUCUUCUGGACCAGGCACAUCCAGUUGGGGUAGCAAUAGCAGUGGAAGUAAUAGUGGGCAGUGGAAUUCUGGAACCAGGCAGAAUGAUGGGACAGGUCAAGGUAUGUCUCCUCCUAAAGCACAUAGCACUUGGGCUCAAGCUGCUGGCAAAGGUCUUAGUACUACUGGCUCUACCUCAGCUCCUAGUAAUACAACUACUGGAAACAGUGAUAAAGGAUCACAGAAUGGAAAUGGUGCUACAAAAAUCAGAAUAGAAGAACAUAUGUCUGAACUUCGAAUAGCUGCUGCUUACAGUGAAGGGUGGGGACAAACUGCUGUGAAUCAAGACAGUACUUGGAAUUUUCCACUUUCCCCCCAACCAAGUCCUAAAGAAGGAAAUAAUUCAGUUUGGAGAGCCCCUGUUAACAAUGGAACAGAAAUCUGGGAAACCAACAUUCGUAAUCGUAACAAAGGAGCAGGAGCACAAACUGCUAACAAUGGUCCAUCACAACCAUGGGGCCACACUCCAUCAACGCAUAUAGGUGGAACAUGGGGUGAGGAAGAAGAUACAACUAAUAUGUGGACUGGUCCAAGUCCCACUAGAAUUGUGCAUGCUAACUCUCCUGAUAAUAAACAUUGGGGAGGAAGUGUUGGGAAGCCUUCGAACUCUUGGGAUGGAGGAAGUGGUAAUACACCAGAAAAUGCAAAUACUGUGUGGGGACCAUCAGCAAAUAAGUCAUCAGGACCCAGUAUUAAUAAUUGGACAUCAGGGAAUGCACCAAAGAAAGACAUUCUUUCUUCUGGAUGGCAAGAACCAUCCCCACCAACAAAUCGUCGUCAAACAGUAAUGACAAAUUAUGAUGAUGGUACCUCAGUGUGGGGAAACCCUCACAGACAAGGAAAGGUUUGCCACUGGAAAGACAUGCCAAACAUGAAAACUAUCAACAGUGGAGGAGGAACUGCAAAUAAUAUACCUUCCAAUGGGAGCACCAGCUUAAUUCCUCCAGGUCCUGGGAUGAUUCGCCUACCUUCACCAGUUAUUGGUGUAAAUAAGCCAGACUUAAGCAAUCCCAUUUGGGGGAAACCACCACCACCACUUAAUCGUGGUACUAGUUGGACAGAAAUUCCCCAACAUGAAUCUUCAGGGCCAUCUUUAUGGGAGGAUUCCUGUACACUUUCUCAAGUGAAGAGUAUGCCAACUACACCAAGCACACCCAUUGGUGGAAUGGGUGGUGCUUGGGACCCAGGCAGCUACUGGGGUGCUAAACCCAAAAGUGCUUCUACCUCCAGUUGGGCUGAAGGACAAAUAGAUACUAGUUCUUGGGGUGGCUCAACUAGACCAGAAAGAAACAUGCAAGAUAGGCAAUCAUCAGUGGAGGAUUCAGGGGUGUACUCAGAUUUAAUGCAGGAAAUGAACAGUUGGUGGGAUGCUGGCACUAUGGAAAACCUUAUUUAUGCACCAGGAAGGUUUCUUACUGGGUCCAACAGAAGGUUAAAGGGUGGUAAGCCAAUAACCAAAGACAUGAUUUGGGCAAGUAAACCAUUCCGUUUGCUCACAGAGAUGGGAUUUAAGAAGGAUGAUGUAGAUCAUGCCUUAAGGCAAAACAACAUGAACCUAGAGGAUGCUUUAAGUGAACUACAUGUUGGAUCGAACCGAGAUGUGCAUAAUGUGGCAGAUAUAGACAAUUAUAGUAGUGUGGGGCGAGUCAAGUUGAGACAUGGAGGUGUGUCAGAUGAAUUUGGUAUGAUUGACAAUUCCAUUGACCAUUCUUUUGGUCCAGUUAACUUCCAUGGUUCUACCAGCUUCCAAGGGCCACAGAUUUGUGGAUAUGGUGGUGUAAAUCAGGGAUUCAAACCACCUAUUAAGAACCCAGGCAUCAAUAGCAAUACUCCUAGUCUACUUAACCCAGCAAUAGGUAGCCAAGCAUCUAGUCUCAGUAUGGGUAACAGUAUUAGUGGUUUGAAUCCUUCUUUGGUUCAGAAAAUAUUGCAACAACAGCAGCAACCUCCACUAUCAUUUGGUUCUGCUACUUUUCAGAAUGGUCUAGGUAGCCAGACUGGCAGAAUAAACCAGCAAAACUUGCCAUCAACAGCCCAAUUGAAGCAUUUGGUCCAGCAGAUUCAAAUGGCUGUUCAAGCAGGCCACUUGAAUCCACAGAUUUUGAACCAGCCAUUAGCUCCUCAGACUUUGCAACUGUUAUAUCAGUUGCUGCAACAGAUCAAAGUACUGCAUCAGUUUCAACAGCAGCUGAUCCAGCCUCAGUCAUUAGGAAAGGGAAAUCCUUCCUUGCAGCUGAAUGUUCAUAUCGCACAAACUAAACAAAGGAUUCUUAACCUCCAGAACCAGAUAACUGCUCAGCAGGCCCUUUUUCUGAAGCAGCAGCAGUUCCCUCACCAGCCAGUCAUAUCAAGCUCUCAGCCGUCCUCUAGCGAUCUCUUUAAGCCCAGUCUGGAUCCCAUGUCCACUAUUAAUCCUGACUUACGUGACCUGUCACUGAAAGACACUCCACUUGGCCAGUCUCAAUCCCAUCUUCCUCAUUGGAAAAAUUCUUUCCUUGAAAAAGAUGAUAUAGGAACUAAUCCAGGUGCUAAUUGUGGGGGAAGUUCCAAUGGUUUUGGAGACUUUAGUCGGGCACCAGGAACCAUGGCAAAGCCCACAACAUCAUCUGCACUCUCAUCAUCUUCUUUAUCUUCACCACAUUCCAGUCCAAAUUUGCACCCUCUUCUGACUCAGGGUGAUAGCACGUGGUCUAGUCUAUCAGGCACUCAUAGUGAUUGGCCACAGCCCUCACCAUCUGUAACUGCCAACACCACUACAAAUAGCACUGUUGGAAGUAAUCCCAGUACUCCCACUAGUAAUUCUACCAAAGGAAUUACUUCUAAUGGCACUUCCUCAGGGGAAAGAAAAGAAUCAUUACCUACCACUUCUCCAGCAAGUAGUUCAAAAACCCAAUCAGCAUACAACCUGACUGAUUUAGUAGCUGAGUUUGAGCCUGGAAAGCCAUGGAAAGGUACUUCACAGAUGAAAAAUAUUGAAGAUGACCCACAUGUCACACCAGGGAGUGUGGCACGAUCUCCUCUAUCUUUGAGCACAAUCAAAGAUUCAGACCUUUUUAGCUGGCCAACAAAGUCUAGCCCUAGCAGCACCAAUGGCAAUGAUGUCUUGGUCUCUUCACUAACAUCUUCUUUGCCUGGUACUAAUAACUGCUGGACUUUUAACCCACCUACCUCUCAAAGCAGCUCCAGCUCCAACAAGCAAGCCAACUUGAAGUCUAGUUGGGGUGCUUUGGGUCCAGGAUCUGAUGUUUGGGGAGCACCAACCUUUAAGACUCGGGGUCCACCUCCUGGUCUUAGUUCUCAUGGCAAAUGCUUGGGAAGUUCAUUUAACUCUGCACAUAGUGGAAGUCGUCAGAGUUGGGGUCCAAGUUCUUCCUCAGGAUGGGACAGACAAAAUUCCUCACUCAUUUUGAAAAACCUAACACCCCAGAUUGAUGGUUCAACUCUGAAAACACUGUGUAUGCAACAUGGUCCUCUUCAACUAUUUCAUCUGCUUCUGAACCAUGGUAUAGCUCUGGUACGCUAUUCUACUCGGGAAGAAGCAGCAAAGGCUCAGUCAGCUCUAAACAACUGUGUUCUGGGCAACACUACCAUACUGGCCGACAUCCCAAGUGAGGCUGAAGUGCAGCAGUACUUGCAACUUGCUAGCUCUAGUGGGAUGGUAUGGGCAAGUAGUCAGCCUUCAGGUACUGUCAGCACUGCCACUCCUGGCUUUCGCAACAGCAGUAGUUCUUACCCUUUCAGUGGAGGUGGAGGUAGUAGCAGGUUAGAGUCUAAUGCAUGGAAUAGCCCAGCUUCUUCCCAUCUGUGGGCAUUUCCUGGCAGUAAUGGCAGCCUAUGGAGCACUCCUCCCUUUGUGAGUGAUAGAGAUCAAAAUGCACGUUCCUUGUUGAAUUCGUUCUUACCUGGGGAUUUGCUGGGUAGCGAGUCCAUGUAACUCGCAAGUCUGAUCUGGUUUCAGGACCAUGAAACGUCCAGUCACAAAUUGUUAUGGGUGAUCUUCCAGUGUAGAUGACAUAUAUGUAUAUGUGUGCCUGUGUGUGUAUAUAUAUAUAUCUUUAUCUGUAAAAAUAUAUUAACAGAAAUGUUGACAUGCAUUCAUUGUAGAUUAGAAUUGGUAAUGCCAACUAUAUCUCAGUUUGUGAUGCAGAUUAUUGUGCAAAUGUCUAAAAUGAACAUAUGUACCUAAAGGUUAUUAAUACUGAUGUAGUUAUAAGUAAUUAAGAUAUUCUCAGGCUUCCCAGAAGCCAUAUGUUUGUGUGAUAAUUGAACUGUCAAUUAUUGGCUAAAGAAAAUUAUAUAUAAAAGCUUCUUCCAUUGCAUUAUCUGAUCUAGUGAUGUGUUGGAACACAAAGUUCAUACAAGUGUGUGAUAUUUUUACAAUAUUAUUUUGACUUGUGUAUGUGCAUGUUUUUGUUUCUUUGUACUUUGCUUCCACUUCCCCAACUCCUAAAUUAUGCUCAGCUGUGUUACUAAUGGUCUGUUUAGUGUAUGUGUAGUAUUGAAGCUCAGUCUCCAGUAUCUGAAGUGCCAGAUAUAUACAGAAAGCCUUAAUUGAAUAUUAUCUGCCAUAUCACUGGAUUAUAUAAUUGGUCAUACUGAUAUUAAACUUUACAAUCAGUGUGUACAGUUCAGCAGUGUACUGUUAGCCAAAACAAACCAAAUUCUGCAGCUCUCACUAGUGGUUGCUGAAUUUAAAAGUUCUGUUGUAUUAGUGACUUUCUUGUAUGCCAAUUUUCAUAAACUAGGUUUCAUAAAGUCAUAUAGUAAUAGAAAUUAUUGUAAAAUGUAUACAGUGAUUUCCAGUUGUAUCUUGCAGAUCUUCAAUGAAAAAACAAAUAUGAUUUCUAUAGUCAGCUGGUUAAAGAAGUUGAGUUCUAAGCACUGGUUGUGAGUUGGGGUCUCAAGGUGACGAAAGUUAAACCUUGUUAUGCUAAUGAAAAAAAAUACAGUAUGGUAAGAAAUAUAAUAUUUUCAUUUUACUCUAUUACUUGAUUAAAAACAUUUACUUGAAACUAUUGUAGACAGUCACCUGAUCAUGCUUUUGGUCAACUAAAAGUUCUGUUCUGUAGCUGUGCAGUCAUCUCUUGACUGAUGAUGAUGAUGAUGAAACUGAAAAUGAAUUUUGUGAAGUAUUAUGUUAAAUGAUUGGAGUUAAUAAUACCUCGUUAUGUAGCUUGUAUCUAUUAAAUGAUUAAUAUUUUGGUUGGAAGAGUAAAUGAGCAAUGAGUGGAAGUUUAGAAUAUUGAAAAAUAAAGAUGUGACAAAUCUUUGGUAACGUAGAGAAGCAACAUGGAACAUUUCACCAGUCGUUACUGAGUGAUGCUAUCAUGAAUAAUUGGCGAUUUAGAUGUUACUGGAGUGUCCUCAAGAUAGAUGGGUUAGAUUUUAUUGCCUUCAAUUGCUAGCCCUGUUUUUUUUUUAGCACUGUUGCUUGCCAAGUUACCAAGAUCAAAUUUCUAUCACACUUUAGCAAAAUUUUAUAAAAAUAGAAAACUGUUACUGUGCAGUUUAAUAGUGCUAUAAGAGUAUUUUAUACAGUCUAUAGUAAGUGUAUUUUCAAAGUUCCUUUUAUUUUUUACCCAUAACAUUUUUGAGGCAGCUUUGUUCCCACAGGAUUUUAAUACGAGAUAAGGCCUUAACACCUGUGACAUAACACAAAACACAAUAUAUCCUCUGGUACAAAUUAUAUUUGCGUAAUGAGAUUGCAUAGGUUGUUUUGGUUUUGUUUUAUUGUUCAUCCAUAUAUGUAAACUAUUACCUUUGCAUUCCACAAUUUUACUAUAGACUGAAUUGUUAGUUUGAUGUUGCAAUGUGUUAUUACAAGGCUCAGAUUCAUUGCUUAUUUAAAGAAUAUAGAUUAUAUAAAAAAUUUUGUUCCUGUAACUACAAAAUAUAUUUAUAAGUAUACUGUGUAGUGUCUUUGUUUCUCAAGCUGAGAAAUUUGGUAGAUUUCUGGUAUUUAUUUUUGUGUAUUAAAUUGUGUACAGAUAGUAUCUGCGUGUGUAUGGAUAUGUCAUUUUCUGUUGACCUUGUAUUAUAAUGAUCUAUGCACCUCAGUGGACCACUUAGGCAGGAGGCACAUAGUUAAUGUAUUAUUUUCAGGAAGUACUAAAGUAGAAACAAACACUGCUUUUUUCUGAAUGUAAUUAGAAUAAUAAUAUUGCUUGUUCAUUGAUACAUAUGAAAAAUAAUUACACAAGUAUUUAUACUUAGUAACUGUUUUGUGAAACAGAUAGUUUUCAAAUAGUGUUUACAGGCAAGAGCUGACAGUUUUUUUUUCUUUUUGUUGUUCUUUUUUCCAACUUCUAUCUUCCAAAAAUGUGCUACUGAUAUAUUGAUGAUUGAUAGUUAAAAAACAUCAGAUUUACUUAAAAUAUUACAAGUUGGGAUUAAAUAUUACUAAAGUUCCAAAUAUAACUGUGUGGAGAAGUAACUCUUAUCUGAUCUUAACUUGGUGCAUUUUAAUGCUGGAAGCUCAGAACACUCACUUCCAUGCCUUAUUAUUAUAACUUGUCUACCAUAAGACAGCAUCAAGGUGUCACUUUGUAGUUUGGGGUUUGAGCCUGACCGUCCAGUCUUCUUUUAUAUCUUAGAAGGUUCUUGUGUCUUCACUCAAUCAAUCGGAAAGUAGGACAAAAGUUUAUCUUCUAAAUACCAUGCAGUCGGGUUCUCAUGUAAGAAUACAUGGUGCUAGUUCAUCCAUUAUGAUUGUGUAGAGGAAAGUGGCUCCUCUUAAUGUUCCUGUAUGUUUCUGAACUCUUUGGUUCUCUGAAAUAACUUGUCAAAAAGGAAUUUAUGUUACUCAUUACAGUACUGCCAUUAGUGACAGUUUGUGCUUGAAAAUAUAUUGGAUGUCUUGCUUUAUCUGUUUCUGUGGUAUAUCAGCAAAUAGCUUACCACAAAUAUAUAUAUGUAUAUUGUACAAAUGUAGUAAAAACCUUUGAGCAAAUGAUAAAUGUUAUGAUGUUGUACAACUUCUCUUGAUCAGUAGGAAAUACAAACUAAAUAAUGAAGUUUGUUUCUCUUAGCUUACAUUGACACAGAUUAGCUCCAUAAUAAGUUGAGGGUUUAUUUAGUUUUUUGUUCAAGUUAGUGAACCAUGUAUUUGAUCCUGGGAUUGUAUAACUGGACAUAUUCUGGUCUUGAUUAUCGGGGCAGUGACAACUGCUGUUUAGGUCUGUGUUCAGAGUAAAACCUAUUUUACUGGUGUAAUUCUUACAAGCUCUGUGCCAAGAGUGGAGCUGUCUUCACUCAACUUCUAAUAAGUUCCACAUGGUUGAAGUAUAGAACAGUGAGUUAUUCUUGUGUUAUAUAGUCAAAAUUUGUAAUGUCAAUUCACAAGUUAUUUCUAGAUUAAAAAUAUAAUGUUAUAUUUUAGAUGGUAGAUUUUUCAUGUUUGGUGAUAGUUUCUCAAUAUUUUCAAUGUCUAAAGUUAAGGAUAGUGUUUCGUAGAAGGGUUUUAGAAUUAGACCAAUAUACAUACAUACAUACUCUUGGUGUUUGUUUGUGUGAAACAUAAUACACUUCCUUGCAUUCUGAGAAAAUGUAAGUCUUCAAAUUCUCUAGCUAUCCAGCCACUAGUUACUCAUAAAACUGGUGGACCAAACUUAUAAUAAAGUUGAUGUAUAAAAAAGUAAUUCUAAAAUUAGUGUACUGGAAGUUCCGACUGCUGUGAAAAAAGUAAUCUCAGUUGUGUUUAAAUGCUCUCUUCAAUUAAUUGGAAUGUUAAUCAUUAUUGUUGUGGUUGUGGUGUAAGAUACAGAAACGUUUUGUUAAAGUAUACAAGUUUAAUUCUAAAUUAAUAUGCCUAAACAAUUAAAACUCAAACAAGUUGCUAUUAACAAGCUUCCUUUUUAGUAUUAUAUGGAAGUCAUGCUUUUCAAAGUUAUAAUAUACAAAAACUUGCAUUACUUGAAAUGUUUUGAAAUACCUAUGUUAUAUACAUGGAAGCACGUAAAAAGUCUGUAAUGUUUCCUAUAGGGUAGUGAGAUUGUACUUGGAUAAAGGAAAUCAAAAUUAACUAAUUCUCUUUGUGAUCUUGAAUUGAAUACUGUCUUGCCAGUCAAUCUUAAGUGGAUGGUUUUGUAGAUAUUUACAAGCUAUAGCAUAUAUAUAUUUGUAGGAUUUUUCUUAUGUUAUUAUUUACGUAAAUUCAUAGAAAAUUAUUCUGU